GAGGGGAUCAUUUCCAUGGACCAUCUGUCUCUCUGGCUGCGCUCACAACAAAGAAGGACCCAGGAUGGUGUUAGUCCAUGUCGGAUAUCUGGUUCUCCCCGUCUUCGGCUCAGUUAGAAACAGAGGAGUGCACUUCAACAGGCAUCAGCACAGCCAUGCUACCUCCUGCCGACACUUUCACCUGGGCACUCCCCAGGCACCCAUCUCAGCAGAGUUCCCCCUCGGACAUGCCAGCCAGCCCUCGCAGACGGGCCUGGCCGCCCACCUACCCCCUGCGCACCACCUGACCCUCACCGCCCUGCCCACACACCCACAGUUUCAGGAUGUGUCGGGGCCUUCAUUCCUACCUCAGGCCUUACACCAGCAAUACCUCAUCCAGCAGCAGCUCCUUGAAGCACAGCACCGCCGGAUUCUGCCACAUCCAAGAAGACCCCAGGAGCGUAGUCCCCUGAACUCCCACAGACUGCGUUCAGGUUUUGAGUACUCCACUCCCCUCCAUGUUUCUCAGCCAGUAACGCAGCAGCCGCGGUACCUGGCCGAAGGCACUGACUGGGAUCUCAGUGUAGAUGCAGGACUCUCUCAUCAGUACCAGCUCCAGCAGCUUCCACAGCACUAUCAACACUACCUGACCUCCCCUCGACUGCACCACUUCCCCAGGAAUACAACAUCUGCCCAAGUGGUUGUGCAUGAAAUCAGAAAUUACCCGUAUCCCCAGCUGCAUUUGUUAGCGCUGCAAAGUUUGAAUCCAGUGAGGCACGUUACUGCUGUACGAGAAAGUUACGAGGAGCUCCUGCAGCUUGAGGACCGAUUGGGGAGCGUCAGCAGAGGAGCUGUCCAAACAACUAUAGAGAGGUUCACCUUUCCACACAAAUACAAGAAGAGAAAGCCUCUGCAGCUAAAGGUUGGGGAGGAUGAGGAGGAAACAGAUGUGGAUGAGAAGUGCACCAUCUGUCUGUCCAUGCUGGAGGAUGGAGAAGAUGUCAGGAGACUGCCCUGCAUGCACCUCUUCCACCAGGGCUGUGUGGACCAAUGGCUGGCCACCAGCAGGAAGUGUCCAAUCUGUCGAGUUGACAUCGAAACGCAGCUGAACCCGGACAGCUGA